AUGGUCAGGACACCAAAACAGGGGAGGCGGCGAAGCGCCGGCCGGCGAAAGAUCGACAUCAAGAAGAUCGACCAGAAAAGCAAUCUUCAAGUUUCUUUCUCGAAGCGCCGGGCAGGAAUGUUCAAGAAAGCCGGCGAGCUCUGCGUCCUCUGCGGCGUCCAAAUCGCCGUCGUCGUCAAGUCUCCCGGCAACAAUUUCUUCUCGUUUGGGCAUCCCAGCGUCGACGCCAUCGUCGACCAGUAUCUCGCCGGAGGCCCGCCGCCGGGGUCCGCCGCCGCCCACCAUCCGACGGAUGAGUACAACCGGAGCUACGCGGCGGCGUUUAAGGAGAUAGAGGAGGAGAGAAAGAAGGCGCCCGCCGUUGAAGAAGCGAAGGCGGCGGUCUACGGCGGCGGCGGGGGGUUCUGGUGGGAGGCGGCUAUUGACGGAAUGGGAUUGGAGGAAUUGGAGCAGUUCCAAGCAUCAUUGACGGAGCUGAAGGAGAAUUUGAAUGCCAGGCCGCUGGCGGCGCUGUCGACCGGCGACGAGAACUUCUUGCCUUUGCCAAACCUUUAA